AUGCGGGCAAGGCCCGCAGUGCCGCGCGCCGCGGCAAGAGCCCCGAGCCAGAUGGGACCGCCCGCAGCGUGCCGGGUGGUGGCGGCGGCGCGGGCCUUGGCCAAUUCCGUCGAGGUUCAGGGCUGCGAGCUGGCGGGCGCCGCCAGGGAGAUGCGCGAGAAGUUCACGGGCCAGCAGUCCCUCUACGGGGUGGUGACGUUUUUCAAACACAAAGUCAUGUGUGACCGGCGCCGCUGUCAUCUGUGCAUCGCGAUUUCCGGUAACAAUCUCAGGCGCCCUCUCCGCCUCUGGCGUCCCUAG